CUUGCCAAUACUAUUGCUGAGUGAUCAUGUCCUAUAACAAGAUCUUAAAUAUUACAAGUCUAGUGGCAUUUGAGGAUGUCAAUGAUUUGUCUAGCUGUAUUCUUCAUUAAAUUGAAUUUUAUGUUCACACCAUUCGUGUUCGGUCACUAAUCUGAAAACACUUGUUCGGUAAGAAUUUGAAGUUCUAUGUAAAAGGAAUGAUGUACAAAGACUUGGAUGGAUUGGAUAGAUGAAUUUGAAACCUAUGUUUUACUUGUUUUUAAUUUAUAAAAUUUUUGCAGGCACAAGAUAAAGUCCAGCCGUUGUUUUUUCAUGUUCUCUCUCUCACCCCUCUGAAAUUUUUUACCGAUGCAAUUGUCUCUAGCCUGUUUAGACAUUGUUUUUUUCUGCAUUUCGUUGGAUUUUUCCCAAUAGAUCUCAAAUAUCGUCUGAAUUGCUGACAAUACCUGAAAGAUAGUUUGAGGACAGAAAGACCUAAACUGUUUGCAACAUGGUAUUCUCAGAUCAUGUCUAAUGGGUUUUUGACCAUUCUAUUCAGAUAAUAGACAAGGCAGUGCCUGCACUUGUAGACCUUGCCGACAUCACUGCCCUGGGAGACCACAAAAAGCUGGGGGAUUCCAUUGUCAAUGUUCUUCAAGAAUGUCUUCAACAAUCACAUGGGACUGGGGUUGCUUCGAUGAGCAGCCGGACCAAAGAAGCGAUAGAGGAACUACUCAAGUGCAAGCAAAGACUGAAAUGGGAAAAAACCAUACCAAAGGAGGACCUCCAUAUCAAGCAGGCAGCAGGAUUGGUCGUAAAGCUGGAGGGGAACUCCCUGUUCUCAUCAGGAAACAUAAGUGGAGCAGCUUCAAAGUAUUCUGAAGCUUUGGCAUUGUGUCCAGUCAGGUCCAAAAGGGAGAGAGUUGUUCUGUACAGCAAUCGAGCCCAGUGCCAUCUCUUGCUGCAACAGCCAUUGGCUGCAAUAAGUGAUGCCACACGUGCACUUUGUCUUCACAGCCCUCUAAACCGUCAUGCCAAAUCCCUUUGGAGAAGAGCUCAGGCAUAUGAUAUGUUGGGGUUGGGGAAAGAGAGCUUGUUGGAUGCCAUUCUCUUCAUCAAUGAAUGCUCUCAGUCGAAUGAUCCGGAUCUCUGUUUGAGGCAGAACAAAGUUCCCGACUAUGCAGAACGACUGGUGAAGAAGCAGAUGCGUGCUGCAUGGCUGUUUAGGGAGGCAGCUGUCAAGCAUGGUGGGGUCCAGUGUGAGGGAGAUGGUAGUGGUGGAGGGAUGUAUGGGGGUGAGAGUGAUGACUCAGAGUGGGAGACGGCGAGUGGAAGUGAUGAUGGUGGAAUACAGGAUGAAAUGGGUGGUGGGGGUGAUCAUGAUGAUGGCGACGACGAUGAUGAUGAUGGUGAAUGGAGAAAUGAAGACGAUAAAAAGAGCAAAUAUGAUAAGCCGUCACUGAAAGUUGGGAGAGGAUGAAGCCAUUGCAACGUGCACAAAUCCCUCUUCCUUAUGCCGUGGACAGUGAAGAAUUCCGCGAUGGUUUCAACAGAGUAGCAUGUGUGUUUUUGUUACAAAGUACGAUCCAACUUUGUUUCUGUAAGUGUGUCUGAUUGCCUUCAAAUUUCUGUUCUUGUGGUUUUGUCCAAAAAAGGGGAAUAUCUUGCUUUUCCUUUGCGAUUCCAACUGUAUUCGAGUGUAAAGAAAAGGAACAGGUACGGGCAAGAAGACGAGGAGUGGAGCAUUUUGUGUGAUUUUGUGUACAUACAAAACAGUAAUUUGCUUGCCAGUUUGUAAGGCUGUGUUUGAUUUUUGAUAAUUAGGCCCAUGUAGUAGGGACUGGACUGGUAUUACUAGAAGUGAAGUUGAGUGUGUUUGAUCAGUUGAGCAUUAGCAGGAAUUUUAAUCCCAAGUAGCUAAGAACCACGACAUGUGCACGAGACGACGAGGGCACGUGCUACUCGUCAAUAAGGUCAUGUCAUGCCACGAGAAGACAGUCGCUAAGCCCCAAGAUGGCAUGGGCACGAUCACGAGUGGACAUGGGCGUGAUUGAUAGGGAGGUGGCCUUCUUACCAUUGUGGGGCGGGCUAGCUUAUGGUCACAAAAGCCAGUGUGGCUGGCCCACGCCCCACGGUGAAGGUUGGAACGAGACAAAAUGAAAUCAACAAGGUUUACACACUAAAAAUUCACGUGAUAGGAACAUGAAGGAGCAAAUAUUGUUCAUCCCACAUUUGAAAAUAUGUCGUUCAUAUUCGAGAAAGAAGGAGUCGUUCUUUUUGAAAGUUACUAAGUUUGCGGUGGUUUAUAAAUCAUAUGGUAUCCAUUUUCACUAUAAAAAUAAUCAUACAAAUAAUUUAAAACAAACUAGCUUUAUACCCGCCCGUUGGGCGGCAAAUUUUGAUUGGUGAUUAUAUUUUUCGUCCUAGUAUUAUAAUUUUAUUUAUGAUUCAUUAUGUUAAACUAUUAUACACUGAAUUGUUAAUCUCACUUACCAAAUUUCAUAUAUUGUUUCACAUUUUUAUAUCUUUCAUUUAUUUAUGAAAAUUUAAUUUUAUUAAAUGAGCUCUCUAUAAUACUUUCUUUAUUGAUUUAUAAUUAUGUAUCGAAUCCACCCUUUAAGAUAUAAACUAAGAGAUUAUUAAUUUUUUAGCACACAAAAUGACAAAGAAGUUAAAAUUUUGAAGGACACAAAAGAAGAAGUUAAAAUUUGCAAAUAUAUUUCAAUUAAUAAAAAAAAAAGUGAAGAGCUUUCAUUUUCUCACCCUUCUCGUACGUUGGUAUAUGAUAAUAGAGAAUAUCGCGAUCUAGAUCACACAAAUAUCGAGUAGUAUCAGUUACUCGUGUAAUUUUGGAAGAAUGAGAAACCACAUUGGCAUCCACAUCAUCAAUCUUCCGCUUAUUCGUUUAAUUUACCUUGAAAAUAUUCUAGCAAAAUCAACCACAAAUAAAAUUAUUGUUUGUCACUAAUUUAUUAAAACCAUGUUUUCAGUAAACCAAACUGCAUAUAAUCAUAUUUUCAGCAAGUAGCAUGUCACUCGUGAACAUAAUAAACAUAAUGAACAACCCUCACAACUCUGCUUUCCAUUUUAACAUCCAAGGAAUCGAGUUGCAAUAGGCCUCCAAGGAAAACGAUCAAAUUAUUCAACCAAAGGAGAGAUGCUCCAAGUCCAAGCAACGAACCCUUUGAAUUAUAUGUUACAUGUUUACAUCAAAGUAUACAGGAUAACAUAGAACCAUAAAACAACUACCUGAAUAACGAAGAAGAAAUACAACCAUUGAAUCAAAAGGGAAAUUUACU